UGACAAUUUACGUUUUAUAUUUUCGAAUCCUUUAAAACUAGUAAAUUUACAAUUCUGUAUCAUGUUAGAGCUGGGAGAUGGUGAAAGUAGUUUUAUUAUUAAAGGAAUAGAGAAAAAUAUUCGAAUUGAUGGAAGAACUAAUAAUGAAUAUAGAACUAUAUAUUUAGAAUUAGAUAAUAUUUUAAAUUCCCAUGGUUCAGCUCAAAUAAGAAUAAAUAAUACAGAAAUUAUGGUAGCUGUAAAAACUGAAAUAAUGAUACCUGAUAUUCUACACCCUGAUGAAGGUUCAAUUGAAUUUUACCUUGAAUGUUCUGCAAAUGCUAAUCCUAUCUUCCAAGGUAAAGGGGGGGAUGAAUUAUCUGAAGAAAUUACAACACUCUUAUAUAAAUUAUAUGAUUCUUCUGCUGCUUUUGAUAAAAAGAAAUUAGGUAUUUGUAAAAAUGAAUUUUGUUGGAAGCUGUAUGUAGAAAUAUUGAUUUUACAAUAUGGUGGCAAUAUCUUUGAUGCAGUAUCUCUUGCAGUUAAGGCUGCCUUACAUAAUACUAGGAUACCUAUUGUUGAAGUGAAGAAAGAUGAAGAUUUACAGAAAUACUAUAUUGAAUUAUCAAAUAAUUCUAGUGAUGAAUUCAAUAUAGAUGUAUCAAAUUGCCCUUUGUUAUUAACCAUAUCAAAAAUUGGUGCAAAUCACAUAAUAGAUGCUUGUUUAGAGGAAGAAAGUUGCUCAAUAGCUAGUCUUAUAUUUGCUAUCAUCCCGAAUGGUAACAUUUUGUUAACGAAGAAGCUUGGCAAUGGCAGCUUAAAUCCUACUAGCAUAAAGCAGAUGAUCAUAUCGGCAAAAGAUAUCGGCAUCGAACUUCAUGAACGAUUAACUACUCUGCUAAACAAUAAUACACAAAAUAUAAACGUCGACAGGGAUAAACUAGCGAAAUAAUAUUUUAUUUAUAUGAUACGUCAUUUUAUAAUGCAAAUUAAAUUAUAUUUUAAAAAAAGUAAUCACCAAAAAAAUUCAAAUAAAAAAUUAUUGUGAUACAAUGAGAAAAAAAAGAUAUGAAUAAUUUUAAACUAUAAUACGUUAUAC